AUGGUAAGAAGCAAGCAGAGAGGCCCAAAAUAUCUUUCAUGGGCAUGUCGGCCCAAGCUGAUGGCUCUGGAGCAGUAACAGUAACAGUACCAGUACCAGUGGUAAAGUAAACUACCUGGAUAUUACCUAACUCCAAAGGUCGGUUGCUCCCGCGUCCGUGAACAGCUCCCGACGGAGACAAGCCUUCCACCGCCUUUCAAGAUUUUUAUCAAACAUGUUGUCGGCAAAACCUAUAAAACCCCCACUCCCGCCCCUCCCACUGACCAUUUCUCCCAUUCUGUCUCAACUUCGCCCCCUGAUUCUUCUUCCUCCGACUUCGAAUUUCCAUUCCGAGGAAGCCCAAUUGGAUUUUCGCCUUGCGAUCAUGAAUCCCGAUGACGAGUCCUUGUUUUCUUCGUCUCGCCUACCUGGGUCUGAGCCGGAUGCUCCGAUUGUACCGCCUACGACUUCUUCUUCUUCUUCUUCUUCGGCUCUGUUGGAACCUGGGUUUUCAAUGCCGUCAUCGCCUUCAUUCCUUACUGAACCAUUCCCUCUACCUAUGAGCUUUGCCGGGCCGUUGUCUUCCUCCCCACCUUUCAUUCCUUUCUGGGAUUUUGAAUCGUACCAAGAUAAUGCUGAUGUUGAAAGGCUUGUAAUUGGACUUGGGAUAACCACUGGCACUGGGUUGGAUACGGCGGCUAGUGGCGGUGGUGAGGCGGAGAAUUUUGGUGUUCCACAGCCACUUGAAUGUCUGCAGGCCACCCCAAUCCCACCAUUCCUGUCCAAAACCUUUGAUCUCGUUGACGACCCGGCACUGCACCCGAUUAUAUCUUGGGGGAAUACAGGUGAGAGCUUCGUGGUUUGGGACCCGGUGGAGUUUGCCCGGCUCAUCCUUCCUCGUACUUUCAAGCACAACAAUUUCUCAAGUUUUGUUCGGCAACUAAAUACAUAUGGAUUCCGCAAGAUUGAUGCUGAUAAGUGGGAGUUCGCAAAUGACGAUUUCUUGCGAGGAAAGAGGCAUCAGUUAAAGAACAUACAGAGGCGCAAGUCACCUCAAGCCCAGCACGCCGGGAGUCACUCAGGGUCUUCUACCGAGUCAGGACAAGAAGGAUUGAAAGUUGAGCUAGAGAGAUUAAGGAAAGAGAAGAGUUUGAUGAUAGAGGAAGUUGUUGAAUUGCAGCAGCAGCAUCGUGGCACAGUCCAACAUGUGGAAGCAGUGAACGAAAAGCUCCAAGCAGCAGAGCAGAGGCAGAAGCAGAUGGUUUCUUUCUUGGCAAAGCUAUUUCAGAACCCAGAAUUCAUAUCCCGCCUUCAGCGAAAGAAGGAGCAGAGGGCUAUAGAUUCUUCUAGGAUAAUGAGGAAGUUCAUAAAACAUCAGCAGCAUGAGACGAAAGGCCACAUUGUGAAAUACAGGCCGGAACUGGCCAACCACACAAUAACUCCCGACUUAAGUGCUGCUGCUUCUGAAGAAAUUCCUGAUUUCAUCUUACAAGAUACAGAAGGAAAUCUGGGUUCAGGUACAGAAAGAAUGCCAUUUCAAGAUGAGAAUAUUGCGUCGAAAGAAUUGCCUGUAGGACAAGAUCUUCUGAAGGCGAAAGAAAAGUUUUCAGAGGGGGUCUCCGCCCGGGGAACUAAAGACCUCAAAGGCAAGGAUCUGGCGAGCCCCCUAGCAGAUGUCUCUCCUGACUAUUUUGUGUCCUUCCCAGAAGACUUGGAAAAAGAGAAGAACUUUCCAGAACUCUUGUCCCCUGGAAUUGAAAGUAUAGUCAAGCAAGAGGACAUGUGGAACAUUGUUUUUGAAUCAGAUGCCGGUAUGUCUAGUUCUAGCAAUGAGUUAUGGGGAAAUCUUAGCAACUAUGAUGUGCCGGAAUUGGGCGUCACAAGCGGUCUAUCAGAUAUUUGGAAUUUAGGUUCCCUGCCUGCAGCUGGAAGCUCAGGAGUUGAGGAAAGGCCGGGCGAUGAACCUCCAUUUGAUGAGCUUGAUAGCCAAGCUGGCCAGCCUAAAAACCCUACUUGUAACAAAACGGAUCCAUUCCAUGAGGCUUCCUCAUCCUCUUAGGCACUGGCUGCCUUCUUGGAUGAUCCUAUUUAUUAUUCCAGCUAAUAGUUUAUAACGUUAAACAUUCCAUUUUUAUGUAUAUUCAGUUGAUUAUCAUUCAUCUAUUAA